CAAAAAAAUGAAUCUUUUGGCCCUAGUCACUGACCCACCUCUGAGGACUCAGCAGCACCACCCUUGAGCCCCUUUGCUUCCCAGUGCUCUGUCCCGCGUGCCAACCUUCUCUCACCACCACCUUCCGUGGGCCGUUUCCACCAAGGAAAAGGGAUUGUAUCUUAUGUCUGCUAUCUGGAAUCUCCACUCUUUUGGCCCCUUUGCUGAUGCAAGUAAGGGUGAUAAUCUGUUUCCUGCUAAAGAUUAUAUCCAUAAGCAUUCAUCGGAGAAUAGCAGCAGAAAAAUCCAGGGGAUUGCUGAUGCUUAUGAUAAAAAGAAACUAGUGAAGGUCUUUAAGAAGAAAUUUGCCUGUAAUAGUACUAUAAUUGAGCAUCCAGAACAUGGAGAAGUAAUUCAGCUACAGGGUGACCAGCACGAGGACGUAUGCCAACUCAUAGAGAUUGGACUGGCUGAGGACGACCAGCUGAAGGUUCAUGGCUGUAAGUGCUUUUGGCUCACUGAAGCUUUAGUGAGGAUUUCCUCACAAUGAGUAGAAUUUGCCUUCUGUCCUUUGUCACCCGUUUAAAAACCUCACAGCUUAUGUAAUGUAACCAUUUCGGAUCCACUUUUAACUUGGACUAGUGUUACUCCUUCAUGCAAUGAACUGAAAAGAGCCAAAAAGAAAAAAAAAAAGACUGAAUCUCUUAUA